AUGGUUUCUUUCACCACACUCGCUCUUUUGGCAACCUCAGCCAUCGCCGGCCCUGUGGUCCGCGAUAUUGCGAUCCCCAAAAACUGGCACUGGAAAGUCGAGAACUGUGAAGCUGGUUGCGGUCGACGAGGCUGCUACUACUACUUCAAUGUCACCGUGCCGUCCGUCGAGAAUGGCCCUGCGGGUGUGAAGGCCUUGUGCAAUGUCUAUGAGCAGGGCUAUGAGAAUAGUUUCACAGUUCCUUCGACAUACACAGACUGCCGUCUGCUCGAGGGCGUCAACAACGGUGUCGCGGCUAGGCCAUCGCUGAGGACGUCCGAUGGCAACGGGUCUCCCAAGGAGAUUGAAGUCAGCUUCUUGUAUGCCGGUUACGGCGAUCGACCUGCCUACAACUUCUCAGGCUCCCACAAGGUCACGUACAAUCAGUUUGUAUCGCCACCACUUAACUUCACUAUAACCCCGAAGAAAGUGUUCGGCGUUGCAUGAAUGGGGCAAGGACCUGCAGCAGCAUGACCUCUGCUAAAUUUUGUAAUGGCCUAGAGUUGGUUGUAAUUUUCCCAUGAUUGUUUCUGGUCACCUGCCCUACAAAAAGUUUAAUAUCAUAAUUAAUGAGCAACGCCGGUAUAGGCUGCGGAGACGUC